CGUGAUAGGAAUUGACGUCCCCGCUCUCCUUUAGCUAGGAAGUGUUUUAUUUUGCCUGUGAGCUUCUAGUGGUCGGACGCUGGUGUAAGAAUCCCAAGGUUUCCUAAACAAAUAUCUGCUGACAUACAAGGUUUUUAUGAAACUUUUCUGUAUUCAUAAUGCCAUAUCUGGGGUCAGAGGAUGCUGUCAAGGAACUUAAGAGAGCUCUUUCUAAUCCUAAUAUCCAGGCAGAUAGAUUGCGAUAUAGAAAUGUCAUUCACAAGGUCAUCAGGCAUAUGACCCAAGGAGUUGAUGUGUCCAGUGUAUUCAUGGAGAUGGUUAAGGCAAGUGCGACUGUAGAUAUAGUGCAGAAGAAGCUGGUCUACUUAUACAUGUGCACAUAUGCUUGUCAGAAACCUGAUCUGGCACUAUUAGCCAUCAACACUCUAUGCAAAGACUGUUCAGACCCAAACCCCAUGGUGAGAGGAUUGGCAUUGCGAAGCAUGUGCAACCUCAGGAUGCCAGGUAUCAUUGAAUAUAUACAGCAACCUAUACACAAUGGCCUUCGUGAUAAAGCUUCAUAUGUGAGGAGAGUUGCAGUGUUGGGAUGUUCAAAAAUGCAUUCACAGCAAGGUGAUGUAGAAGUAGAUGGGGUUGUAGUGAAUGAACUGUACAGUCUUCUGAGAGACCCAGAUCCUAUUGUCGUGGUGAACUGUUUACGUGCAUUAGAGGAAAUCCUAAAAGGAGAAGGGGGCGUUGUAAUCAACAAACCAAUAGCUCAUCAUUUAUUAAACAGAAUGGCUGAACUGGAUCAGUGGGGACAAAGUGAAGUUUUAGGCUUCCUCCUUCGAUACAACCCUAAAACGGAAGAUGAGCUUUUUGAUAUCUUAAACUUACUAGAUAACUUUCUAAAGAGUAACCAUACUAGUGUAGUUAUGGGAGCCACUAAACUCUUCCUGGUUCUUGCAGUGGAGUUUCCUAAUGUGCAAAGAGAUGUUCUUGGCCGGUUAAAAGGUCCACUUCUGGCUGCUUCUGCUUCAGAAAGCAAAGAAAUGUGUUUUGCUGCCCUUUGCCAUGUUCGAGAGAUUCUGCGUAGCAUGCCUGGCCAUUUUAGUAGCCACUAUAAAAAGUUUUUCUGUUCAUACAAUGAUCCACAUUACAUCAAGAGUCAGAAGAUGGACAUUCUUUGUGAGCUAGUGAAUGAUGAAAAUGUGCACAAUGUUCUGGAGGAGCUAAGAAUUUGCUGCACUGACAUAUCAGUACAACUUGCACAAACUGCUAUUUUUGCAAUAGGCCGCAUUGCAAAAACAUUUAGUGAGAAAUGCGUGAAAAUCUUGUCACAGCUUCUUGAAUUUAAUCAAGAGCACAUUACCUCAGCUGUUAUACAGACUUUCCGAGACCUUGUUUGGCUAUGUCCACAGUGCAUUGCAAAAGUGUGCCUGGCUCUGCCUGGUUGUGAGGAAAUUAUUCAAGAUAAUGAGGGGAAACGUGCCCUAAUAUGGCUUUUGGGGAUGCAUGGAGAUGUAAUAUCUAAUGCACCUUAUAUUCUGGAGGACUUUGUGGAUAACAUUAAGACAGAGAUAUCUCCUACAGUAAAAAUAGAGCUGCUGACUGCCGUGGUGCGGUUGUUUCUCUCUCGUCCAGCUGAAUGUCAGGACAUGCUGGGGCGUCUAAUUUAUUACUGUAUAGAAGAGGAAAUUGACAUGGCUGUAAGAGAUCGAGGGCUUUUCUACUACCGACUUUUAGCGUCUGGUGUAAAUGAGGCUAAGCAAGUGAUGAACAGUCCAAAAUCUGAUCCAACAUUGAGUGUCUUGGAAAACCAAACCGACCAGCCAAUCAAUACCUGGGUCCCAGCUUUUAAUACUUUGAUGCCUCUACAUGAUAUAAAGCAUGGGUUAGCUUUGACUGCCGGAUCAGAGGGUGAUCAUCAUGUGUCUGAAGAAAUAAAUUUAAAAGCCGAUUUAGGAAAUCCACUUGAUGCUGCUGACCUCACUCUAGAGAGCAACAUUACAAUGACACCAGAGGUAUACGAGAUGUCAUGGUUAUCUACAGAUACAGCUUGUGAAUGUUCCUUAAACUGGAAAACAGGUGUGCAACCAGACAUACUUCAGACAUCAUUACAUUUGAUGAAUAUAUUUACCAUUGCCAAAAGCAAGACUGCUGCAAAUCCAUGGAAAUCGUAUCUUUAUGCACAGGAUAGCUCUGGGAAUUUAUUUCUGAUAGAGCUUAGGCUCUUUACAGAUGCGCCUUCACUGGAUGUGUCAGUAAAGCAGAACUCGAAGAAUGACCAAGGGCUUCAAAACUUUAUGACAAUUUUACGAACUGCAAUUUCAGCAAUACUGGAUCUGUCCUGAUGAAGAGCCACUGUGCUUAAUUAAUAGAAGGUGAAAUGGAACAAAAAAGGUGACAGGCCUUUAGGGCUAUCCGCAGUAUGAGGCUCUUCAACAAUAAAAGGCACAAUGCUGCAUGUCAACAAUUCAUUUGGAUAUAUAUAGUAGAACAACAGUAAAAAGAUGUUAAA